GUUGUGUCCGUCGGAGAAAAACGAGAAAAUAUCAAUUUUGCAGAAUUUUAUCAACUAUAUUCAGUUGAAAUCACAUUUAUAUAAUGGCUGAUGCCGCAGCACGUCAGCUGCAAUACGAGUAUAAAGCGAACUCGAAUCUUGUCUUGCAAGCGGAUGUUCGUCUGAUCGAACGUCCCCGGCGGGAUGAGGCAACGGGCGAAGUGCUGUCGUUGGUUGGCAAGCUGGAGGGCACCCGCAUGGGAGACCGGGCGCAGCGCACCAAGCCGGAAAAAACAGAGGAGCGCAAGGCUAAGCGGCAGAAGCGUGACGAAGCGCAGUACGAUUUCAACAGUAUGAAGGGCGCGACCCUGCUGUCGGAGGGAAUCGACGAAAUGGUCGGCAUCGUGUACCGGCCGAAGACGCAGGAAACCCGCCAGACGUACGAGGUGCUGCUGAGCUUCAUUCAGGAGGCGAUCGGUGAUCAACCGCGGGAUAUUCUCUGCGGUGCGGCCGACGAGAUUUUGGCGGUUUUGAAAAAUGAUAAGAUGAAAGAUCGCGAGAGGAAGCGGGAAAUCGAUGGGCUGUUGGGGAAUGUUACGGAUGAACGGUUUGCGCUGUUGGUUAAUUUGGGGAAGAAAAUUACCGACUUUGGGUCGGAUGCGGCGAGCGCGAUGGGCGUUACGGCGGAGGAACAGAUCGACGAUACGUACGGGAUUAAUGUGCAGUUUGAGGAGUCCGAGGAGGAAAGUGACGAGGAUAAGUACGGGGAGAUUCGGGAUGAUGACGUGCAGGAUGAGGGCGAGGAGGCGAGGGAUGACGGGAUGUUGCACGCAGAAAAUCUCGGUGGUAACGAGGAGGGUAAAAAGGAAAAGGCGCUGGAUCCACGUGAUAUCGAUGCCCAUUGGCUGCAGCGCUGCUUGCGGAAGUACUACAACGAUUCUAUGUUGUCACAGGCGAAGGCUGGCGAAGUACUCAGCGUCCUGAAGGACGCUGGGGAUGAUAGAGAGUGUGAAAACCAAUUGGUGUUGCUGCUGGGAUAUGAUUGUUUUGAUUUCAUCAAACUGUUGAAGAAAAAUCGGCAAAUGAUUCUGUACUGUACAAUGCUGGCUUCUUCGCAAAGCGAAAGUGAGCGUAUUAAGAUUCGUGAAAAGAUGAAGGGAGAUGCCUAUUUGGCGAAAAUUUUGAGGCAGCUCGAUACCGGUAAGCAGGAGGUAGAGGAUUAUGAAAGUGAAAAGUCUAAAAUGCAACGUCGCAGGAAGGAACAGGACGAUGAUAACAUGGAAGGUAUUGGAGGGCAGAUUCCUGGUAAUCGGAAUUUACUGGAGUUGGAUGAGCUGGCUUUCACGCAGGGUUCGCAUCUGAUGGCUAACAAACGGUGUCAGCUGCCGGAUGGUAGCUUUAGGAAGCAGCGGAAGGGUUAUGAGGAGGUUCACGUGCCGGCGCUGAAGCCUAAAGCGUUUGAGGAAAACGAAGAGCUGCUGACGAUCGAAAAGCUGCCGAAAUAUGUGCAGCCGGUUUUUGCUGGAUUCAAGACACUGAAUCGAAUUCAGAGUCGGCUGUAUAAGACGGCUUUGGAAAGUGAUGAAAAUCUACUACUGUGUGCCCCCACGGGUGCCGGUAAGACUAACGUAGCUCUGCUGACGAUGAUGCGGGAAAUUGGUAAACAUAUUAACGAUGAUGGUACAAUUAAUGUGGACGAAUUUAAAAUAAUUUACAUUGCUCCGAUGCGUUCGUUGGUACAGGAAAUGGUCGGUAACUUUGGUAAGCGCUUGGCUACUUACAACUUGACCGUAUCGGAAUUAACUGGGGACCAUCAGCUUAGUCGAGAACAGAUAGCUGCUACGCAGGUUAUAGUAUGUACCCCGGAAAAGUGGGACAUUAUCACGCGAAAGGGAGGAGAGAAAACUUACACACAGUUGGUUCGAUUGGUAAUUAUUGAUGAAAUUCAUUUGCUGCAUGACGAACGGGGUCCAGUUUUGGAAUCGUUGGUUGCGAGAACCAUUCGAAACAUUGAAACCACUCAGGAGGAUGUUCGUUUGGUUGGAUUAUCAGCUACUCUGCCGAAUUAUCAGGACGUUGCGACCUUUCUGCGUGUUCGACCGGAAACUGGUUUGUUCUACUUCGAUAACAGCUACCGUCCGGUUGCGCUGGAACAGCAGUACAUUGGUGUUACGGAGAAGAAAGCCCUCAAGCGGUUCCAGGUGAUGAAUGAUAUCGUUUACGAGAAGGUUAUGGAACAUGCCGGGAAGAAUCAGGUGCUGGUUUUUGUCCAUUCGCGGAAGGAAACCGGUAAAACAGCGCGUGCAAUUAGGGACAUGUGUCUGGAGAAGGAUACGUUGGGAAACUUUCUGCGGGAAGGUUCUGCCAGUAUGGAAGUUUUACGGUCCGAAGCUGAGCAGGUGAAAAAUGCCGAGUUGAAAGAUUUGCUUCCGUAUGGUUUUGCCAUCCAUCACGCCGGUAUGACUCGUGUCGACAGGACGCUUGUGGAGGAUCUUUUCGCCGAUCGGCACAUCCAGGUGUUGGUUUCAACUGCUACCCUGGCUUGGGGUGUAAAUUUACCCGCCCAUACUGUCAUCAUUAAAGGGACACAGGUUUACAAUCCGGAGAAAGGCCGUUGGGUUGAGCUUGGAGCGUUGGAUGUUCUUCAGAUGCUGGGUCGAGCCGGUCGUCCACAGUACGAUACCAAGGGAGAAGGCAUUCUGAUUACCAACCACAGUGAGCUCCAGUUUUAUCUGUCGCUUCUCAACCAACAGCUACCGAUCGAAUCGCAGUUAAUUUCCAAGAUGCCCGACAUGCUGAAUGCUGAGAUCGUUCUGGGAACCAUACAGAACGUUAAGGAUGCAGUCACCUGGCUUGGUUACACCUAUCUGUACAUCCGGAUGCUUCGUCAGCCGACUCUGUACGGGGUUUCGUACGAUGCCAUUAAGGAUGAUCCUCUGCUAGAACAAUUCCGUGCGGAUUUGGUUCACACGGCUGCAUUGAAUUUGGAGAAGAGUGGCCUAAUUAAGUACGAUCGCAAGAGUGGCCACUUCCAGGUGACGGAAAUCGGUAGAAUCGCUUCUCAUUAUUAUUGUACCCACGAAACCAUGCUGACUUACAACCAACUACUGAAACCAACCCUCAGCGAAAUCGAACUGUUCCGUGUGUUUUCCCUGUCGGGAGAGUUCCGCAACAUUACCGUUCGUGAGGAGGAAAAACUGGAACUGCAAAAGCUAAUGGAACGCGUUCCGAUUCCGAUCAAAGAAAGCAUGGAGGAAGCCAGCGCCAAGGUUAAUGUCCUGCUGCAGGCCUACAUCUCGCAGCUGAAACUCGAGGGCUUCGCCCUGAUGGCCGACAUGGUCUACGUAACCCAAUCGGCAUCUCGAUUGCUUCGGGCAAUCUUCGAAAUCGUCCUGCACCGAGAGUGGGCUCAACUGGCGGACAAAUGCUUAACGCUAUGCAAAAUGAUCGACCGUCGAAUGUGGCAAAGUAUGUCCCCUCUGCGUCAGUUCCGCAAAAUGCCCGAAGAAAUCGUCAAAAAAAUCGAAAAGAAAAACUUCCCCUGGGAACGGUUGUACGAUCUGGAGGCAAACGAAAUCGGCGAACUGAUCCGCGUUCCAAAGCUGGGCAAAACGAUCUAUAAGUAUGUUCACCAGUUUCCGAAGCUGGAACUUUCGACGCACAUUCAACCGAUCACGCGUUCCACGCUCCGCGUGGAGCUAACCAUUACUCCCGACUUCCAGUGGGACGACAAGAUUCACGGUCAGUCGGAAGCGUUCUGGAUUUUGGUCGAAGACGUCGACUCGGAGGUCAUUCUGCAUCAUGAGUACUUUCUACUGAAGGCAAAGUACUGUCAGGACGAUCAUUUGGUGAAAUUUUUCGUGCCGGUCUUUGAACCGUUGCCACCGCAGUACUUUUUACGCAUCGUGUCGGAUCGCUGGAUCGGUUCGGAAACGCAGCUGCCGGUUUCUUUCCGACAUUUGAUUUUACCAGAGAAAAAUCUUCCCCCAACGGAGCUGCUCGAUUUGCAGGCUCUUCCCAUUAGUGCUUUCCGUGAGCCACGGUUCGAGCAGUUGUAUCGUUUUCCGCAGUUUAAUCCCAUUCAAACGCAGGUCUUUAAUGCCGUCUACAACAGCGAGGAUAAUGUCUUUGUCGGCGCACCGACGGGGUCGGGCAAAACCACGAUCGCCGAGUUUGCAGUGCUUCGCAUGCUGAAACAAAACCCGCACGGACGGGUUGUCUAUUUGGUGUCGAGGGAUUCGCUCGCCGAGCUGAUCUUCAUGGAUUGGCAUCACAAGUUUGGACAGAAUUUGGAAAAUGACGACAUGGGCUGUAAGGUCGUGAAGCUAACCGGUGAAACCGGGACGGAUUUGAAGCUUAUCGCGAAGGGUCAGAUCAUUGUGACAACGGCGGACAAGUGGGACAUUCUGUCCCGUCGUUGGAAGCAGAGGAAGAACGUUCAGAACAUUCAGCUGUUUAUCGUGGAUGAACUGCAGCUGAUCGGAGGGGAGGAUGGUCCCGUUCUGGAAGUUGUCUGUUCCCGUAUGCGCUACAUUUCUUCGCAGAUCGAGAAACAGAUUCGAAUCAUUGCUUUGUCGGCUUCGUUGUCGGAUGCACGCGAUGUGGCCAACUGGUUGGGAUGCAACGCCAAUGCGACCUUUAAUUUCCACCCCAGCGUUCGUCCGAUUCCACUGGAAUUGCACGUACAAGGAUUCAACAUAACCCACAAUGCGUCGCGAAUCGCCGCUAUGUCAAAGCCUGUCUACAAUGCCAUAACUAAGUUCAGCCCGCAUAAACCGGCGAUCGUUUUUGUGUCCUCACGUAAACUUGCUCGCCUUACGGCGAUCGAUAUCUUGACAUAUUGCGCAGCAGAAGCUCAACCGAAUCGUUUCUUCCAUGCCGAAGAAGAGGACAUCAAACCUUUCCUGGAUCGAAUGACCGAUAAGACGUUGAAGGAAACUCUCUCGCAAGGAGUGGCCUACAUUCAUGAGGGACUGACUGCAUCCGACCAUCGUAUCGUCGAACAGCUGUUCGAUUCGGGAGCCGUUCAGGUUGCUGUGGUUACGCGAGAUCUCUGCUGGGGCCUCAACAUCACCGCCUACCUGGUUGUUAUUAUGGACACACAAUUUUACAACGGAAAAAGCCAUUCUUAUGACGACUAUCCCAUAACAGACGUCAUGCAAAUGGUUGGCAGAGCCAACCGUCCACUGGAAGAUGACGAUGCCAAGUGUGUCCUAAUGUGUCAGAGUUCCAAGAAGGACUUCUUCAAAAAAUUCCUGAACGAAAGUUUACCGGUCGAAAGUCAUUUGGAUCAUCGUUUGCACGAUCAUUUCAACGCUGAAAUCGUAACAAAAACCAUCGAAAACAAACAGGAUGCUGUCGAUUACCUAACAUGGACCUUCCUGUACCGGCGUUUGACCCAAAAUCCAAACUACUACAACCUACAGGGUGUCACCCAUCGACAUUUGUCCGAUCAUCUAUCCGAACUGGUAGAAACAACCCUCUCCGAUCUGGAGCAAUCCAAGUGCAUCAGCAUUGAGGACGAAAUGGAUACCCUCCCGUUGAAUUUGGGCAUGAUUGCUGCCUAUUACUACAUCAACUACACGACGAUCGAACUGUUCAGCCUCUCGCUGAAUAGUAAAACUAAAAUUCGUGGUUUGCUGGAGAUUAUUUCAUCGGCAGCGGAGUAUGAAGACGUAGUCGUGCGCCAUCACGAAGAUAACAUCCUGAAGAGCUUAGCCGGUCGGCUUCCGAACAAGCUGACCGGUCCCAACGGGACCGCUCCAAAAUACAACGACCCGCACAUCAAAACGAACCUCCUGCUGCAAGCCCAUCUAUCACGACUUCAGCUUGGCGCCGAGCUGCAGGGCGAUACGGAGCAAAUCCUGGGCAAAGCAAUCCGGCUCAUUCAGGCUUGCGUUGACGUGCUCAGCUCGAACGGUUGGCUCUCGCCGGCCGUUGCCGCUAUGGAACUGGCCCAGAUGGUCACGCAAGCCAUGUGGAGCAAGGACUCGUACCUGAAGCAGCUGCCGCACUUUAGCGGCGACAUAAUCAAACGCUGCCAGGAUAAGAACAUCGAAACCGUGUUCGAUAUAAUGGAACUGGACGACGACGAUCGGAGCCGUCUGCUGCAGCUGAGCGACCUGCAAAUGUCGGACGUUGCACGGUUCUGCAACCGCUAUCCCAACAUCGAGAUGACAUUCGAAGUGGUGGACCGAGACCGCAUACAUUCCGGAUCCUCCGUCAAUGUGGUUGUCAAUUUGGAACGCGAGGAUGAUGUUACUGGACCAGUUAUUGCUCCGUUCUUCCCGCAGAAACGUGAGGAAGGCUGGUGGGUGGUUAUUGGUGAUCCCAAAACCAACUCGUUGCUGUCGAUCAAACGGUUGACACUGCAGCAGAAAGCCAAGGUCAAGCUGGACUUUGUGGCACCCAGUCCGGGCCAUCACGAGUACACGCUGUACUACAUGAGUGACUCGUACCUGGGAUGCGAUCAGGAGUACACCUUCAGCAUCAACGUGGGUGACUUCCAGUCGGAGAGCGAAAGCGAAUCCGAUUAGGAAGUCGAUCAAGGUAAGAACAAACUAGAUUGAUCUUCACGGCCACAGAAUGACAUCCGAAUUAAUCGUAUUGAUUUACUUCUUGUACAUCAUCCAGCUCAUACUUAAGACAGUAAAAAUAAAUUCCGAUUAAAAA